UCAGAUUCUAUUCCAUUCAUCCCGCCACCUCCCACAGAAAAGAUGAGCUGCUAACAUCUUACGCUUUGUAACUGAGAUUAAGGUUUUGUAACUAAGAUUGUACCCUUCACCUAACUUCACUCUCUCCCAGCCUUCAUAAAAGCCGCCCCCUCCAACCCUCACAUAUCAAACACUUCAGCAAGCACGUACGUACGAGUACUCUUGCAUUAGCAAAUAUAUCAAGCAAAAACACUCCCCACCAUGCAUACAAAGAUGACCAAACAGGCUCUCUUCUCUCUCUCACUUGUUUUUCUCUCCCUCUGCAGCACAACUUUAGGCCAGCCAGCUUCGGCCCCGGCUCAGCCAGCCGACGCCCCGGCUCAGACUGCCAAUAUCCCAACACCACGUGGCACCCCCGACGUAAUCAAAAUCCUCCAAAAGGCCGGAGGAUUCACGAUCCUAAUCCGCCUCUUAAGGACCACUGCAGUGGCUGACCAAAUCAAAGGGCAGCUAGACAAUUCAGACACUGGUUUUACCCUUUUCGCCCCAACCGACUCGGCAUUUUCAGACCUCAAAUCGGGCACUUUAAACUCUCUCAACAACGAAGAAAAGAUCCGGCUUAUGCAAUUUCAUACCUUACCCAAAUUUUAUUCUCUGGAAAACUUCCAAACCGUGACCAACCCGGUUCGAACACAGGCAGGAGAUACCAACCCCGGUGAUUACCCACUAAAUGUGACCACUGCGGGAAGCCAAGUAAACAUUUCGACUGGCCUUGUGAAUGCCACAGUGAGCGGUACAAUAUUUUCUGCUAAACAGCUUGCUGUGUAUCGAGUGGACAAAGUGCUUCUUCCUCUGGACAUCUUUGUUCCAAAGGCGCCUCCGGCACCAGCGCCGGCACCGCUUCCAGUCAAGCCUAAGGCCAAGAAGGCAGCAGCUAGUCCAAAGAGUAGUAGUACUACUACUCCUAGUACUCCUACACUAGUGGUUGAUUCUGGUGUAGUGAGUCUCACAAAGCAUGGAAUACUGGUGUCCGUCGGAGUUUCUGUUUUCAUCGCAGCAUUUUCUCUCUGAUAAAGCUUGGAGAAAAGAAAAAGAAAAAUGAUGAUAGGGUGCAAUUUUUAGUACCGUAUGAUUGUCCUGAGUCGGCGUCGUUAUCAGCGAGUGCUUUUGAAUAAUUGCCAUGCAUUGUCCGAGCUAGUACUGAAAGGGUUGAGCUUUAUUUUUAAUGUGGUUUUUUUUUUUUGAAGUCCUUUAGCUUUUCCAGCUUAUGGACGGACGGACUCCGGGAAUUUGGUAUAAUUUUUCAAGAGAAGUUAUGCCUCUGGGAGCGAUCGAGA